AUGGCCGCACGAAGCGCAGCUCUCAAGCUCGACUGGGCCAAGGUCACCACCUCCCUCGGCCUCAAGGGCCAGACCGCCGCCUCCCUCCAGGCUUUCAAGCAGCGCAACGAAAACGCCCGUCGCAGGGUCCAGCAGCUGUCGGAGCUCCCCACGACCGUCGACUUCGCUCAGUACCGCUCCAUCCUCAAGAACCAGGCCGUCGUCGAUGAGAUCGAGAAGCGCUUCUCCGCCUUCAAGCCCGCCACCUACGAUGUCUCUCGCCAGAUCAAGGCCAUCGAGGCCUUUGAGGUCGAGGCCGUCAAGAACGCCGAGGCCACCAAGCAGAAGGUCGACCUCGAGCUCAAGGACCUCGAGAAGACCCUGACCAACAUCGAGUCCGCUCGCCCCUUCGAGGACCUCACUGUCGACGAUGUCGCCGCCGCCGAGCCCUCAAUCGAUGAGAAGACCUCCCAGCUCGUCUCCAAGGGCCGCUGGACCGUUCCGGGAUACAAGGAGAAGUUCGGCGAUCUUUCCGUGCUAUAG